AGGAGGUGAAGAACAAGAAGAAGAGGAGCACUGGACCUUUCUCCUUUUCUUCAUCUGUCGAUCACAAAGUGAGAAACAGAUGAAACUGGAUCAGAUCAAGAAACUGAUCAACUGCUGGUUUGGGAUUAAAACAUCUGACACAAGAAGCUGCUGAAUAUCCUCCCGCCAGGAGGUGCAGGAGGAGCAGGUGCAGGAGCAGGAGCAGGUGCAGGAGCAGCAGCAGCAGCAGGAGGAGCAGGAGCUGGGUGCCCCAGAGGAGGGAGGUGCUGGACAUGCUGUCCCUGAGCUGUGCUGACCCCUGGCCGGUGGGCUCCGUGGGGCUGGAGGAGGAGGUGGUCACCGCCGCUGCUCAGGCGGAGGAGCGGGACUCCAGCAGCGGCUCCUUGUGCCUGGACGACAGCCUGACCAGCCUCCAGUGGCUGCAGGAGUUCUCCAUCCUCGGAGCCAGCGUCCCGCAGCAGAGCCACCACCAGACCUGCCUGUUCGGACCCCCGCCGCCGGGGGCCGACGCCCCGUCCUCCCCUCUGGCCGGGGACCCCGCUUCCCUCGGGACGCCCCUGACCCCGGGCAGGCCCACGGCGGCGGCGCACAGCAGGAGGUCGCUCCUCCCCGGGAUCGUGGCGCACGGACACUGUCCGGACGAGGUGGACUACAAGAGCGACGCGCACAUCAAACCUCCGUACUCCUACGCGACCCUCAUCUGCAUGGCCAUGCAGGCCAGCAAGAAGAGCAAGAUCACCCUGUCCUGCAUCUACCAGUGGAUCACCGACAACUUCUGCUACUACCGACACGCGGACCCCACCUGGCAGAACUCCAUCCGUCACAACCUGUCCCUCAACAAGUGCUUCAUCAAGGUGCCGCGGCAGAAGGACGAGCCAGGGAAGGGGGGGUUCUGGAAGAUCGACCCCCAGUACGCCGAGCGCCUCCUGAGCGGCGCCUACAAGAAGAGACGGAUGCCACCGGUCCAGAUCAACCCAGCGUUCCAGAGCCGGCUCAGGGUCGAGCUCCAGCCCCCGUCCAGAGGCGCCGCAGGUCUGGGCAUCAAUCCAGAGUCGCAGCGCCUCCUCCGGGAGUUUGAAGAGGAAACUGGCGCCGACCAGAACUGGGACCCGCAUCUGGCUGAGGGCACCAUGCUGGGCUCCUGGCCGGUGGUCAGAGGCAGAGGUGGGGCCAAGAGGAGACAGUCAAUGGGUUCCAGAAGUGGUGCAACCAAAGUCCUCCGGCGCUCCAGCUCCCCCCUGCUCUCCAUGGACGAACAGAAGGAGCUCGGACCUCUGAAGGGGGACUUUGACUGGGACGCCCUGCUGGACUCCGCCCUCAACGGGGAGCUGAGUUUGGACGGAGGAGAACAUCUGAGCCCCCUCAUGAAAGAGGAGGACUUGACUGUGCGAGGGACCCACAUCUCCCCGGUCAGUGCCCCCCCGCCAGGGACAGCCGAUGUCCACGUGCUGGGGGAGACCCAGAGGAGGAACGACUUCGACGAGGAGACCUUCCUCGCCGCGGCCUUCCUGGAGAACCCCUGGCCCGAAGAAGAGGAUCAGAGCCGCAGUGACUUCCUGUGUAGCUCCAGCGUCAACCUGGACCAGCUGUUUGACCUCGGGGACUCGUUGGACCCCAGCAGCCGGAUCGAUGCCCUCCUUUGAGGAAUAGCUGCUUUAACGCUAAAGACCCUGUGAUCUGCUUUUGUGGAAUAAGAGACGAUUUUUUUUACGCUCAUGAAGCUCAUGUUGCCUUUGUCACGUUAAACGUAUUUUUAGAUUCAAGUUUUGAUGCUGAUUCAUUCAACAAGACGCCACAAUGUGCCGCAGCAGCUCAUCAACACGGGGAAAACUAAACUGUGUGAAAUCUUUAGGAACCAGGAAAUGACUUCAGACGAACAGAAACUGGUUCUCAAAUGAGAUGAAUCCGGGAAGUGCGCCCCCUGCUGGCAUCAUUUACUCUCAGGAUUUUACAUCAGUUAUUUCAAUAAUGCGUGAGAGGAAAACUCUGCGAGCUAACAAGUUUGCUAACUGUCUAUUAGCAUCGUGCACGUAACACUAACGCAGCGCCGCAACUCAGCCUCACUGCCAAUUCAACCCUGUGGCCAACUGAGGUACUACAACACAGUAACAAAGCAUUUCCUCCAAAGAGACGUGAAUAAAAAGCUCUAAGUCGAAUUAUUACAACAAUACGAUUCAACUAUUCAUCGUUAUUGCUCUUAUGCAUUUGAACUUGAAGGUUUUACAUUUGUCAACAGUUCGAGGCCCAGAGAGAAAGUGUGUGACGUCAUGUGACCAGCUGAAGAAACACUAAUAAAUAACUUUCUCAUAGAACUGAGAACGCAAAUUUCAUUAAGGGAACGUUUUGAAAUCUGGUUCCAGUUUGUACAAUACGAACAUUCUCACGAUUAACAAAGUCACUUGACAAGCCUGUUAGCUCGCUGGAGUCUCCAUGUGAGGACAUGGAGACGUCCUGUUGUUAUCCUCAGCGGACACGUCGCUAAUCAUGUUAUACAUUUUUAAUAGUCAUAAUUCAUGUAACAUCCUUUAAACCAUAGCUAUGAGAAGCAGAGUGUGUAAAAAAUUAUCGAUUUCCAAGUCAGAGAAAUCCACGACAUCUCCUCUUCAGUAAAAACCUACAGACGCACAAACUCACAAAUCAAACUCUUAAUCUGUGAUUCUCAGUUGAUUGGAGCAAAACACUGUUUGUAUCUGAAUUCACUUUGUGACAAACUGUUUUUUUCCGUUCCUUCGUUUUCUGCCGACGCUCUACGAACAUUACGUCCUCCUCCGUUUGGACUCUUUCAGCUCUUUCACUUAAAUGUCGUCACUGUCAAACUCACACGUCAGAUUUCACCAAACAUUCGAUCAGACAAACUUUGAGUCGGCCCAUCGGGUCGAUCCAUUUGAAUCGUGAGAUUUCACCACAGAGUUCUGCCAUGAACCUGAGAUGGUUGAACUCUGUGUAGACGUCAUGAAACGAGUUUGUGUGGUUGUCGGACUCGACUCGUGCAGUAAACAGGAAGCAGAGGAGAUCACAGCUCUCCGAUUCACGGAGGUUCAGUAAAACACCAGGAAUCAUGAGAUAUUUGCCAAAUAAGGUUUGGUGUAGAAGUGAUUUACUUUAUUAGCUCUAGGUCUAUUUUGUGUGUGGGGGUUUUUGGUACUAACUAUUCUCUGUAGACAUUUUCAAAAUAAAUAGGGACCAGUAGAUUAACAUUAGUUUUGCAGGAUACACGUUUUGUUCAAGAGGAACUGAAGCAGAUCCUUUAGUUUAGUUUCAUAUCGGACGGAGAACUUUCCUGUAGAAGUGAAGUAACUUCUUUCUUUGACUUUCUUUGACUUUCCAUCAGAACAGUAGAUUUAAAUAGUCGAGGAAACACCGGAGCUUCACGUCUUCACAGUUCAAAUGGACACAAAACGGCUUCAGGCGAACUUCUCCACCAAGACCCAUUAGGAGGUGAAAAUGCUGGUGAAUGAAUACCUGACCUUCUCUGUGCCAAGAACAACAGUUGGGACGCGACCGGGCGGCAGCGUUAACAGCCUGUGCUUUUUAUUAGGAGCAGGAAGUGUGUGUGUUUUGUACUGGUGUGUGUGAGGAGGUCGAGCGUGGUCAGUAAAUCCCAACAAUAAAAGCCCUGAUGCAUCUUGGACGUGUGUCAUGUGACUCCAUUUUAAAACAGGUCUUGACUUGAGACCAGUUUCUGUUUGGUUGUUUAGCUCUUCUCCAUCAAAUAACAUUUAUAAACCACAUUAACUGCAUCUUACCUCAGGAUUGAUUGUGUGAAGUCGGAGACACUGUACCUUUGCUUUUACUUUUACUGUUUUUAUUUCAUUUUCCACUUUUCUUUGACAAUAAAAAAGCAUUACUGCA